UAGGCGGGACUUACAUCACAGACAGGAACAGGAACAACGAUGACUUUUUCUGGAAACUUUUUACCAACCUUAAACGCAAACUAAACUUAAAUAUGAGGGACAGAGCGUUUUAUAUGCGGAGUUUAUCAACAUUACAGUGCAGUGUUUGAUAUAAUAUAUUCAGAUACUGAGAGUACUCAAGGACGCGGGGCAGCAUGCACCGUCGGCUUUUGUUUGUUUACAGGGCGAAACAGCUGACAUGCUAACGUUAGCAGCCUAGCUCGGGUGAAAUCGAGUCAUAUGAGCUGCUGCUAAUCGUCCAUGAAUGAAACGUCCCACUGGUGGACGACGUAACGCACACGAGCAGCAGUGACGGCUCCGUCUUUGGGUCGCGGUGAGCCGCCGAACCCCGUAACAAUGCGAGGCUAAGUGUUAGCUAGGACUUCCAGACGAGUGGAGUUGUUGUUGUUGUUGCCCGUUGCCCGUUGCGCCUCAGGCCGGGUUUGGAAGGCCUCGCGCCGGGGGCCCUUCAUGUGCAUCAUGCCUUGUUCCUGUGGGAACUGGAGGAGAUGGAUCCGGCCGCUGGUCUUCGUGCUGUACAUCCUGCUGCUGCUGGUCGUGCUGCCACUGUGCGUCUGGGAGCUGCAGAAGUCGAAGGUCAGCAUACACAAUAGAGCAUGGUUCAUCGCUGGGAUAUUUGUCUUCAUGACCAUACCCAUAUCGUUAUGGGGCAUUCUUCAGCAUCUGGUUCACUACACUCAGCCGGAGCUUCAGAAACCCAUCAUCAGGAUAUUAUGGAUGGUCCCAAUCUACAGCUUGGACAGUUGGAUUGCGCUGAAAUACCCCAGUAUAGCUAUUUAUGUGGACACAUGCAGAGAGUGCUACGAGGCCUAUGUCAUCUACAACUUCAUGACCUUCCUGCUCAACUACCUGGAAAAUCAGUACCCGAGCCUGGUGUUGAUGCUGGAGGCCCAGGAGCAGCAGAGACACUUGCCUCCUCUCUGCUGCUGCCCGCCGUGGCCAAUGGGAGAGGUUUUACUGUUGAGAUGCAAACUGGGCGUGUUACAGUACACAGUUGUGAGACCCGUCACAACAGUGAUUGCUUUGAUCUGUCAGCUGUGUGGAGUGUACGAUGAAGGCAAUUUCAGCUCAACAAAUGCGUGGACGUACCUGGUCAUCUUCAACAACAUGUCACAGCUGUUUGCCAUGUACUGCCUGGUGCUGUUCUACCGGGCCCUGAGAGACGAGCUGAGUCCCAUCAAACCUGUGGGCAAAUUCCUGUGUGUGAAAAUGGUGGUGUUCGUCUCUUUCUGGCAGGCCGUGUUUAUUGCUCUACUGGUGAAGGUGGGCAUCAUCUCAGAGAAACGCACCUGGGAAUGGCAAACUGUGGAGGCCGUUGCUACUGGCUUGCAGGAUUUCAUCAUAUGCGUGGAGAUGUUUCUGGCAGCUAUUGCCCAUCACUUCAGCUUCACCUACAAGCCUUACAUCCAGGAGGCUGAGGAAGGUUCUUGCUUCGACUCUUUCAUGGCAAUGUGGGACAUAUCUGAUGUCAGAGCAGACAUUUCUGAACAAGUCCGCAAUGUUGGGAGAACAGUAAUGGGUCGUCCGAGGAAGUCUUACUUUGGGGAGGCGCAGGACGACGGCGAGCGAUCCGGCCUGCUCUCGUCGGGGUCCCAAGAUGCGAUCACCGAGGCAGCAUCCAACCCAGUGUCGCCCAAUGGUCAGUACCAGGGCCUGGGGAGAACCAUGACCCCGCACUCUCUGUCGGCCCCUGCCGGGCUCAGCUCAGCACCGUGGGAUGAAGGAUGCGAGGCUCGACCGGAAGGAGAAAGCACCAACCAAACCAAAGAACCGACAGAGGCAGAUCUCAUCGUGAUCGACUAGCCCGUCAUCAACGCCGAUGUCACCAACAGACUCUACGCGAACAUGGUUUGGCAGGACUUAAGUUUUGCCGUUUUCCGUAAGACACUACUUUACUGAUGCGACACUAAACAAAGGGCACAUCCGCCAAGUAAUUGUAGACAUUUGCCAGCAAAGGCAAAACCAGAUGGACCUCUCUGCCAGUGACAGCUCCAAGAAUGUUCAGUGGACUUACGGCUGAGUCGCUAAAUGAUUUGUUGAUAACAAGCAUUUGAUCCAAUUUGCGUAUUGUUAUGCAUUUUGAUCAGCAAGCAAUGCCAGAAUGUUUUUUAUCGACUUGGUGUCAACAUGUCACAAUCUAGGGCAGACAUUUCCUUCCUUUUUGAUGACGCAUGAGUCCGCACAUAACCUGCUGAUGUCCGAGUGAAGCAUGUGAAGAUAUAUGCUUUUCAUGUGUGACACAUUUACGUUUGCUACGUCAUAUCACAAAUCUAAAAUGUAACACGACGAGAAGAAAUAUGCUACUUUUAAAAAGACUGAAGAAAUGUUAUCUUCAUAUUAUUAUCUUUUAUAGUGGUUCCCGAAGACUAAAGCACGAUUUCUCCACCACCUUAAUCCAAGAGUGUUCAUCCCUCCAACGGAGUUCCACAGACUUAGAGAAACUUCGUCAAGGCGAACUGAAGCUGUUCCGGCCCAACACCUUCGUUGGGACAAUUUUUUUUCAUUCAAUUUGUCAUCUGUGUUUAUGUAUGGAGGGUUGAAAACAGCAGAAGCAACGAGUUGUUGGGAUGCACAGUCAAUACUUAACAAACAAAAUUUUACUUGGGAGAAGUAGUUUAGAACUUUUUUACUGUAGGAUGUGUCCUAACUGACAGUGUGACAUCACUACAGUGUCAGUAUCAAUACAGUGUCUUCACUAAGGGUUCCAGUAGAUACAGAGCACAGUCCCAAGUAUUAAAACAACAUACACAAUCCAGUCUAAAACUGUACAAUCUGUACAUUCUAGUAAAUGCUCUACUUCAAAUACAGUAGCUCACUCUGUGGUGUUUAAAUAGAAAUUGACUGGGUAGUCGUAACAGACGUAUUGUUCUAUGUGCUAUGGAGCUCAGUCUAUCCACUACACCAGUUAAGCAUUUGUAUUCCAGGAUCAAUUGUAACAUGAUGAGGUUCUCCAUCAUCUUUAGCCUUUAAGGUGGAAAAACUUUGCACCUAAGCCAUUAUUAGUUAGUCUUUAGUUUUUUCUGAGCGUAUGUAUUUGUCAGUGUAACUUGCAGGGAUAUUGACAUGUUUACUGUACAGUAGGUUUAUGAGUGUCGGGGAAAUUUGUUGAUAGAAGAAAUGAGAACACAACAUAGUUCAUAAGAUAAAUUGCUAUUACAAUGAGGUCAGUGAGUCCGUAAAUACAUAAAUGUAUAAUGUUGACAGGAUAGUUUGCAUCAUGUCCUGCCAAAAACAUGUUGCAUUGCCUUAUGUCAUUUCUUUCUCAAUGAAACCGAUGUACUUGUUGCACAGUUUAAUUUACACACAUCUCUGACAGUCUCUACAAUAAAUCCGAUUAACUAA